AGUGGAUUUUCAAAGAAGAAGAGUUUCCCGGCAGCGUGCGAAGAAGAUAAAAGAAAAGUCGUUCAAUAACUUAGCUUCUUCUGCUGGCCUUAAAGGACUUUAGAUAUGGGUGUUCCAGCCUUUUUCAGAUGGCUGAGCCGGAAAUAUCCGUCAAUCGUGGUGCAUUGCUUAGAAGAGAAGCCAAAGGAGGUGGAUGGAGUACUGAUACCAGUGGAUACCAGUCGGCCAAAUCCUAAUGAUAUUGAGUUUGACAACUUGUAUCUUGAUAUGAAUGGUAUAAUACAUCCUUGCUGCCACCCUGAAGACAAACCAGAACCAAAGAAUGAAGACGAAAUGAUGAUCCUGAUUUUCCAGUAUAUUGACAGAAUCUUUUCUGUUGUGAGACCACGAAGAGUUUUGUACAUGGCUAUAGAUGGAGUGGCUCCUCGAGCUAAGAUGAACCAGCAGAGGUCAAGACGAUUCAGGGCCUCAAAAGAAUCAUAUGAGAAAAUCAAGCUGAUGUCAGAAAUCCGAGAAGAAAUGAUGUCAAAGGGAUUGUACCUUCCACCUGUCAAACCUGCUGAGGAUAAAUUUGACAGUAACUGCAUCACCCCAGGCACACCAUUCAUGUUUCGUCUGGCCCACUGUCUGAGGUUCUACAUUCAUGAUAGGCUAAAUAAUGACCCAGGCUGGAGAGACAUCCAAGUCAUCUUGUCAGAUGCAAAUGUGCCUGGAGAAGGGGAACACAAGAUCAUGGACUUUAUUAGACGCCAACGAGCCCAACCAGAUCAUGACCCCAACACUCGCCACUGUCUUUGUGGUGCAGAUGCUGACCUCAUUAUGCUAGGUCUUGCAACACAUGAGGCAAACUUCACCAUCAUUCGUGAAGAGUUCAAACCAAAUCAGCCCAGGCCAUGUGAUCUGUGCGGACAACUUGGCCAUGAAAUGAAAAAUUGUGAAGGACUAGCAAGAGAGAAAUGUGGAGAGCAUGAUGAAAUUGCUAAACCAGUGGGUCAGGAAACAGAGUUCAUCUUUCUUCGCCUCAAUGUUCUCAGGGAAUACUUGGAAAGAGAACUCAAAAUGGAUAAUCUUCCUUUCACAUAUGAAUUUGAGCGGGCACUAGACGACUGGGUUUUCAUGUGUUUCUUUGUGGGCAAUGAUUUUCUUCCUCACUUACCUUCACUUGAGAUCAGGGAAGGAGCAAUUGACAGGCUUGUCAAACUGUACAAAAAUGCCGUCUAUAAAACUGGAGGAUAUUUGACCGAUAGUGGAGUUGUAGCCCUUGAACGUGUGCAGCUAGUAAUGUCAGAGCUGGGUCAUGUGGAAGAUGAGAUUUUCAAGAAACGUCGAGAAGAUGAGGUGAAUUUUAAGAAGAGAAAUAAAGCUAGGAAGGAAAGAGAAAGAAGGCAACAGCAGCAGCGAUAUCAAAACCAGCCUGGACUUUUGGGACCUAUGCCCAUUGGCCGCGGUGGUUUUCCAGUCCAGAACAUGAGGCGCCAGGCGUAUGACAUGAGAGUGCAGCAGAUGUCUUCAUCAUCCCGCGACCAGGCCAACAUGAGUGCUGCUGAAGAGCUGAAGCAGGUGAUGCAACAAACAGGAGGCAAAGGCAAGGAUGAGGAAUCGGAUGAAGAGCCACCUGAUGAUGUUAGGCUUUGGGAAGAUGGAUGGAAAGACCGUUACUAUUCACAAAAGUUUGAUAUUGACAGCAAUGAUAUUGCUUUUAGACACAAUGUGGCGAACCACUAUGUAAGAGGUUUGUGCUGGGUUCUACGGUACUAUUAUCAGGGUUGUGCUUCAUGGAAAUGGUAUUAUCCCUACCAUUAUGCUCCCUUUGCAUCAGAUUUUGUGAACAUCGGAGAUCUGCCAAAUGACUUUGAGAGAAACACAAAGCCGUUUCGGCCACUUGAGCAGCUCAUGGGAGUGUUCCCUGCUGCUAGCAAAAAGCAUAUUCCUCCAUCAUGGCAGACCCUUAUGUGUGACCCAAACUCACCCAUCAUAGACUUCUACCCAGUAAAUUUUAAGGUGGAUUUAAAUGGCAAGAAGUAUGCCUGGCAAGGUGUGGCUUUACUUCCAUUUGUGGAUGAGAAACGCUUGCAUGCUGCUUUGGAACAAGUCUAUCCAGACCUCACAAAUGAAGAAAAAAAACGCAACAUCUGGGGAGCUGAUCGUCUGUUUCUAUCUGUGAAUAACCCAGCCUAUGCUUUCUUAGAGGGGCUUUAUGAAGGAGGAGGACCACAAGACAAAGAACAGGGUGUGUUGAUAAACACAAAAUAUACUCAAGGGAUGGCUGGCAAAGUGUGGUGUGACCCAUAUCGUGUGGAGACUGAUGGCACCGUUUUAUCUCCGCUAGAUGCGUUGCCUGAUCUUCACAAGAAUAGGACUAUAUGUGUGCAGUUUCAAGAUCUUCAGUUUGAAGUUGGUUUCUUGUUUAAAGCAACGCUGUUGGCAGGGGCAAUACUUCCCCCUAAGACCCUCAAGCCUGAAGACUUCAAUCAGAAUAACCCCAACCAACGGUACCGUCCACAGCUGGGCUUCACCCCAGGCAGUGGGUAUCGCCAUGAUAAGGAUGUUACAGCAGCUGUGAGAAUGAUCAGGAACACUGCUGGAAUGCAGGGUCAGGGAUUUGUGAUGUCAUCACAAAGCAUGAUGCCUUCAUUCGCGCCUGCCCGUGUCUUAAGCGGAGGACCGCAGCAAUAUGGCGGCCGAGACCACAGACCGAGCGGCGGGGCGCGGGACCAAGGAAGUUCCUCGGCGGGCAACCUCGGGUGGAAUCGCAACAUGGCGGGUCAGCAGCGGGCCCACCAGUCCAACGCCGGACGUCAGGAGCGCGACUACGAUCACUACGCAGGUCAGGGGCGGUCCACCAGCGGAGGCCGAGACUACAACAGUCGGGGUAGCGGGUACCGACCUCCACCCGACAGAGGCUAUGACACCUACAGAACAGGGGGCCCUGCACGGCCGCCAGGCGGCUACGACAGCUACAGAACCGGAGCACCCGGACCUGAAAGAGGGGGCUACCAGGGCAGACCAUCAGAUAGGCAGGAUGAAUAUCAGAGGUAUAGCGACCAGAGGUCGUCAAACCCUAGGCCACCCGCCAACCAGUACCAUGACAGGUACCGACCCUACUAACCUGCACUCGCCGCGCACCUGCCAGGAUAUCCACCCGUUUUUCGCCGGAUGCAACGUGACUGGUAUUUGUGUCGACUCCAUAUCAUUCAUGAAAACUCUGGUCUUCUUUCACUCCCUUGGUCUGAGGACUGGGAAUAAGUGAUGUGCGGGAUAAAGUCACAAAGUAGUUUUGUAGGAGGGAAGCAGGUAUGACAUAAAUUUUCAUUUCGCAAGCAUCCAUCUUUUCUUUUCUUUUUUUUUAAGCACGUGCGCGUGAGUUUGCAAAUUGUCAGAAGUUUCUUACUGCUUGACUCGAAUAUCUGUUAUAGGAACUUAUUAUAAGGAAAGAGCACAAAGUGGUGCAUAUUUAUAAGGUGCGAAUAUACCUUAAUUUUUUUCAUCGGUUCCUCGCUCGCAAAUGAGCCAACUACCCUUCACUUGCUACAUUUGGCUGUAGUGGAGUACCGGGUUGGAGGUAUAUGGAGGGGCUUAUUCUUACCACAAUUCUAUCUACCUAACCACCUACCUUUUUCCUCAAUACCAUCUAUUUACUUAGAAACUGAGUUAGGAAGGUUGUCGCCAAUUAUCUACUGUAUCAUUGCUUGCUUUAGUAUGCAUGCUGCUCCACCAGUUUUGCUCACUGGUCUUAGUAUGUAUAUUAUUCGACUUGUUGUUUAUUCAUUUGUCAAUCUCCUUGUUGAUUCGCCUGCCAUGUCCAUGCUUAUUUUUAUGCACAUUAUCAUUUGUGGCUACUAGACCCAUGUCUAUGCCUUUCUUCUCCAUGCAGUCCAUCCUUUUAAUCACCUUUUACGAUUAAUUGUUUAUUGUCAGAUAUUGUCAACAUGGAUUUUUAAGGUAUCAAAUCCUUCUCUGUGAAACUUUUACGAAAAUCCAGGACUGUUUGUAGAAGAGGUUAGCCUAUUCUUUGUAUAAACAUUGGUAUGUCUUUAUAAUCUCGUGCUUGAAAUGCAUAUUUUCUGUUCACAUACAAGUACACUCGGAAAUUGUUCAUAGCCAACAAGUGUGUACCUUGAUUUUUGUAGUAUUUUUUUUUUUAAUGUGAAUCUCUCACAUGUUAUACCCUUUGUUGCUGGCACUGCGUAAACAACAACAACAACCAGCCAGCCAUCCUCCCUAGCUACCUGUUGGCCUUGUGGUGGACUGUAUGAAAGACAUGUCUGUAUAAACUUGAACGCUCUGUUCAUACCUUUGUACAUCAAGGUACGCAUGCCAUUACACAGUGCAAGUAGUUUUAUGGCCGUGCGUUACAUGACAACGCGGGCCCGCCAUUAAACAUUUUAUUUUCAUGUCCUUGACGGGGUACGACGUACCCGCCUUGUAAACUCAAGGUUUACGAUCUUUUUUUCUCUCGAGCUUGCUCCACGGCUGCUGUUGCUGGGUGUGUGUUUUGUCUCAAACGAAAGCGUGCCUGUUAAAACUGUAGCUAUGUUGACCAAGGGCUCAUGAAAACUCAUAAAAGAUUUUAUUUUCUUCAUAAGUAAAGGGUAUCAGCUGUGAAUGGCGACAGCAGACAGUAGGUCCACCCGUAAACUUGUGAGACGAGCGGCAGUCGAGCGCUGCGACCUCCAUGUCUUGGGAAUUGUACCAUGUCUUGUAGUAAAUUUAGUCUCUUUUGUUUUGUUUGUUUCUCUUUGUUUUGUUUGUGGGGACUAGCAGUGGACCAGACGCCGCUUGGACCAGAGUUGCUUGGUUCUGUUGAGUGGCAUGUGUCCUAGGUGCCCUCCUUAAUUAUGUAAUUAUGACACAUGUGAAGGGACUCUGUCCUCAGUUUUAUUUUCUCCUCAGUUCUUCCCGUUCACCACAUCAUCCUCCCCCUCCUGUACGAUUGGUUACUUCUGUCCGCCGUUGUUCACACAUGUGUUCAUCUGUGUAGUAAUCACCUGUUCUCUGGUAGCUAAACCCUGCCUGUCGUCCAGUGUGCACCCGGACUCUUGUCAUAAAAAUGAAGUUAUUAAUACUAAGUCUUGUUAUGAAGUUGAAGCAAGGAGCAAACUUUGUAAACUGUCAUGGAAGAAUAUUGUCGUCGUGCAGCUGAAGGUUUGGGGGAAGAGUGAGUGAAAAGUCUUUUAUUUUAAUAUCUUCGUAUAAAAUUUAUGAAAAAUAAUGUUGAUGCUACGUUCACAUUUAUGUAUAUGUGUGCGUGCGCGUGAAUUGUAUGACCGAUGUCUCUUGAUUUAUUCUUCCUUUCGUCGAAUCUGUUUCAUGAUCGUUGUUCAAUAAAAUGAUGUACUGCCACUAAUAUUUUGACAUGAAAUGAACUAAUUUUUACCAUGUAAAGGUAUGACAAGCAGGAAUUAAAACUAAAUAAGCUGCAGAAA